ACAGACAAACCCACCAUGCCUUCCGGAAAUCUUAAUGAUGACGACUACGUGGUUAGUCUUCUCAAAGCGGAUGCCAAGAAUGCCGCAAAGAAGUAUGAGCUGGUGGGCGUAGAUGCCUUCAACCCGAAAAGGCCACGAUCUGGCGCACCUAAACCAAAUACCGGCUUCCUCCGACACAUCAUCCGUCAGACAGACAGCCAUAAUGCAGCAUUACUGGCCAAAGAAGCCGAGGAUUCGCGAGCACGGUUAAACAAACUGGAUCGUGGAAACAGGCCUCAUCAAAGAUCCGAGCGAGAAUCGCCAAUAAGAUAUAGAAGCAUCACACCACCUCUCGACGAACGACACCGGAGGAAGAGAAGGCAUCGCGACAGCGACGAAGAAACCAAACAAGAGGCGCGGCGGAGUAAAAGAACCGAUAAGCAUAGCAGAGAUAAGGAGCAUGAUCGUGAACGUUCAACAAGAAGAAGAGAGUCUCGUAACAACGAUGUCGACAAGGGCCAUGGUGAUUCAAAGCGCUCCAGGGAUCACCAUCACCACCGGAGAGAACGGAGGCAUCGGCGUGACUAUAGUAGCGAGGAAGAACAUAACCGCUCACGUAGGAAAGAACACACCGAACGAUCACGGCGACGGCGUAGGUCACGCUCUAGAUCAAAUUCACCCACAAGGUCGUCUUCGCCGCGCACAAGAAGCCAUAGGGUAUCGCACCGACGUCGAAGCAGAUCGCGCUCGCCGAGAAGAUCAGCAUAUCCAGCUAGAAAGCUAGAUGAGGAACUGGACCUUGGGAAAAGAAAUUCAGCACGUCGCUCUUAUUCUUCUGCAUCUGACUCCGAUCCGCUGGAAGCAAUAGUGGGCCCUCUGCCACCUUCUGAACAGCCACCUCUUCGUACUCGUGGUCGUGGCGCCCAUAAAGCACACUCCAUGGGGAUCGACGCUCGUUUUUCGUCCACCUAUGACCCAUCGAAUGAAAUGCUGUUGGGCCCCGACACCGAAGAUAAGUUCGGGGACACAGUAGAAGCUUAUAGGGACCGGCAGAAGUGGAAAAGAAUGGGAGGAGACAGACUCAGAGAAGCCGGGUUCACUGAUGCACAAAUCAAAAAGUGGGAGAAUGGCGAUGAGAAGACCGAAGAAGACGUCAUUUGGGCGGCCAAAGGGGAAAAAAGAGAAUGGGAUCGCAACAAGAUCCUCGACGACAAUGGCAACACGGAUUUGAAAGUCGAGUUUGGAAGACUGAAGUAA